AUGGAGCAAGCUAAUCUAACCACCGACUACGCCAUGAUGUUCAACGCGAUGAAAUCUGAACUUAAGCAGAUUAGUGAACAACAAAUUGAGGAAAUACACAACCGUUUUGAUCAACUCUCCAAGAGAUUCACGAGAGGCUCUCGAUCUAGAUCUCAUAACCGAAAUCGAAGCGGUACCAAGGGGGCAAAUUAUGAGGACUACUCGGCAAGUGAGGACGAAGAGAGAGCUGAGAAGCCUAAGAGGGACAGUUCUAAGGAGGUGAAGGUUGCUACUGUUGAGUUCACCGAGUAUGCAUUAAUUUGGUGGGAUCAAGUAAGGACUGGAAGGAGAAUGAAUGGAGAACCACAAGUCCGAAGUUGGCAUGAACUCAAGGCAAUGAUGCGCAAGCGAUUUGUUCCAAGCUACUAUAAUCGAGAUCUCUAUUCGAAGUUACAAACUCUCACUCAAGGCAAUAUGAGUGUUGAGAAUUACUAUAAGGAGAUCGAGAUGGCCAUGAUGAGGGCUAACAUCCAAGAAGAUAAUGAGGCUACAAUGGCGAGAUUUCUUAGAGGUUUAAAACCCAAACUUCAAGAAGCUUUGGAGUUACAACAUUACUUGGAUAUUGGUGAAUUGCUUGAGUUGGCUAUUAAAGCCGAAAGAGGAAAGAAACAAAGGAGCAGUGGCCGUGAACCAAAGGAGGAAAGACCACUCAAAAGGGAUAAGGAGUCUAUUACACCAGAUGAAAGGGCCGAGGUUGAGGAAGUUGUCGUUGAAGCAGAAAAGUGGAAAGAUGAAGCUGUUAAUGAGAAGUGUGAGGUAACAGUUGAGAGUGCAUAUGAGGUAAAAGUUGAGGAAAGUGAGCUAGAAAAAGAGGUAAAAGAAUCUGAUAAGAUGAGUGAAGCAUCAAAUUUUGAUGAGAAGUGUAAAGAACCAGCGCUGGAUUCUCAAGUUGAAUCAAUUGGUGGAAGGAACAUUGAAGUAUCAAAGGGAGUUUUCACAUUUAAAUCUUGUUCUACACCUUCUUACCGUUUAACUAAUGAUGUCCCAUUGCUUCUUUAUCCAAUUUCUGGUUCGAAACAAGCUGAAACUUAUUUCAUUUUUGUAGAUGUUUCGACCACUAAUGAACUUGAUGCAUCCUUGACUAGUGCUGCCACUCACCUUUUGCAAGAUUACCAAGAUGUGAUUCCUGAAGAUAUACCUAGUGGUUUGCCACCUUUAAGAGGAAUUGAACAUCAAAUUGAUUUCAUUUGUGGAGCUUCACUACCUAAUAAAGCACCAUAUAGGACUAAUCCUAAGAAAACCAAGGAGCAACAAAGGCAAGUAGAUGAGCUACUUGGAAAAGAGUGGAUCUGUGAGAGCCUAAGUUCUUGUGCGGUACCUGUCUUACAUGUACCAAAGAAAGAUGGAGGAUGGAGGAUGUGCAUGGAUUGUAGAGCGAUUAACGCCAUUACGGUUUUGGUCUCAUAUGAAUUGAUUGAAGACAAAAGGAGUUUCACAGCUUUGACACAUCGUGGUAUUUUGGUGAUAUCUUGA